AUGGUUGCAGAGCUGUUUGAAGAGAGCUUAGAGGAGAGCGCGUUUAGCGAUGACGAACACAUCCAAGGAUCGAUACACAAGCUGGACCCUGCCCCAUCGGUGUCGACAGCUUCAAUAACAUCGUCUGCAGUCAUAGCUGCUGCAACAACUCCUGUAGGAUCACUAGCAACUAUCACUUCGAUAUCCAACAUUGGCGCCUCUCGCAGCAUACGUGCAGACCGUGGUGAGGAACAGGAGCCCGGCUCUAAGGAUUGGGGCGGCCCAGAUGAUAGGCCGCAUAGCUAUCAGCCCAUGACGUCCGCACGGAAACACCCCGGCCCAAUCCACCAAAGACAUCAGAUCAGAGGUUUCUCCGCGGAUUCUGAAUCUGAAGGCGAGGUUGAGGAUGAUUUUGAUGCGGCUGAAUCAAGUCAACACUUGCGCUUCGAAUCUACACAACUCUCGUUGACGCAGGAGGAACUGGAAUUGCAGCAGCAGCGUCAGCUGGAGGAGCUUCAACGGAAGCAACUCGAACAGCUUCAGGAACUUCAACGCAUGCAAAAGGAACAGCAACUAGCGCUUCAAAAGGCACACACUCGGCUUGCAGUUCAACAUAGAUCCCUCGUGGACGACGACACGGAUCGAGGCGACCACAAUCCACGUGAAAGGUCACGCACUUCAAAGACGAUGCUGGAUGUUUACAAGCAGGAUCGCCAUCCACAUCCAAAUGCGCAUCGCAACGAAAAAGUGCGGCGCCAUACAAGUUCUUUUGUGGAACCCCGACAGCCGCUUCCAAAAUCAAUGUCACCUUCGCCCAUCCGUGAAUCACAGAUACGACGUAAUGAAGGCGGUCAUACUUCACGAUCGAAUCAUGCGCGCGCACAUCCAUCCAACAGCAGCAUCUCAAUCUGUUCAGUACCCCACGAUAUACUGGAUAAUCUGGACCAGGACGAUUUGCGACAGCACAAGUCAGCCACUCGACGAGCGCCACUCGAACCAUUACAGCAACAGCAGCAGCAGCAGUUGGAAAAUAAAUGUGGAAUCGACUCAUCACUGGACGAGAAGCGUCGCCUGCAGUUGCAAAAGCAGGAACACAGACAGCGUCAGCAGCAGAAGCUCCAACAAAAUCAGCAAAAGGAACAGGAAUUGCUUCGUAGACAACGUCAACUCGAGCAACACCAGCUUCAACGCAAGCAGCUGCUACUUCGGUUACAGGAGCAACAAUCUCAGCAGGAGGAGCAACAAUUUCAGGGGCAGGAGAAGCAGCAACCAUCUCGGAAUGCAACCCGUCUACAGAAUCGUCCUCAUCCGUCCUCAGUGCUGUCCCCGGCUUUGGCUCGGCCGACGGCAGCGACAGCAGAAAGGUCAUCAAAACCUUCUUCGAUUGUGGGAUCUACAGUCGUAACACCGAAAAAGAAGAAGCCGCUGAACCCAGUCCAAAAGGCUCCUGGCACGGAAAACAUUUUGGCAUCUGCUCGGACUCCUGAUAUCCUGCGGUCGACUUUGACCGCAGCCGGCCCUGCGCUCUCAACAGCAAAGAACGUACUGUUGGGAAGCAAGCGUAUGCAUUCGGUGUUUGAGGAUAAGGAAAACUUUGCAACGCCGCACUCUUCCUUGCUGCGCAAAGACCGCUCGAAUGCCUCUGGAAAUUCGAAUCUGUGCCAUGGUCAGCCGAUACAUUCGCCAAAAGUUUACAAGAGACAGAGACCGACAACAACUUGGAUGGCCAAGGAUCCCGCACCAAUGGCACUAGUAUCGAGGAGCAACACUGUCACUUCCAUAGCAAGCACAAUUUCAGACCCCCUCGCCAUCGCAGCCGCGGCCGCCUCACCAUCACUAGCACCGUUACUUGCAUCCUCACCUGCACGGCCGGUUCCUCCACUGGUACAUUCUGCCUCUGCAGAUUUUGCCGCUGCGCUGGUGUCACCUCCGCCAGCACUGACGACAUCAUUGCCGACGGAUACCUCGGCCAGUGUACAGAUGCAGACCAACAAGGACUUUAUGAAUUGCUUUGAUCAGUGGAUGUCAGAUCUGGGUAGCGAAGACGUUAUGGGAUUUUCCCUGAAUAGCAAUGCUGGAGCCCAACCAGCGUAUAAUCUGGAAACAGCGGGAUUGGUGACGAGCAAUCCUACAGUGCGUGAAUUAAGUUGCCAGGUAACAGCACAGAGUGGAGCAGAGGACGAUGUUGGGACAGGUGGGCAGUCGGAGCUGGAUGAUGAGGCCGAGCUGGAUGAGUCUGAGAUCGAUCGAUUGCUUUAUUCGGAAGUUGGCGACGAUUAUGGACCGUAUGGCGUUGGUGGUCAGGGAUAUGUGAGCACACCGGGGUCUGAAAUAGGUGGCCGUGGACAUAAUGGCGAUCUUACGAGCGACCCAGUGACAUCAGAUUUGUACGAUUGGUUUCCGGAGACGGUUCAGAACUCAGUGGCAGUGACAGUGGCAGAACCUUACGAAGCAGCAGCAGGCGUGGUUACGGAGCAGCAUUUAUCGUUGCUUUCGAUGGACCCGACCUUGUCCUCGUCCCCCGCAGAACUGGCAUAUGGGUCGGAUCUGGGAUUGGAGUUUGACACGACAGGGGAUCCGUUGUGGUUGCAGCAGGAGCUGCAGUUGCAACAACAACAGCAGCACCAGCAGCAAGAUCCACAAGAGUCGCAGCUAUCUGAAGACCAGCAGCAAGAUCUGGCGGAGCAAUUGCAGCAGCUUCAGGAGCAAUCGCAGAUUGAGGAAUUCGGUUCAUCCAGAGCUGGGACACCACAGUUGGACUCUACAGACUCGACACUCCUAUCGUCGACGCUCAGCGAUGUGCUCUCGCCGACAAGGAUUCUGGCACAAUCACACCAUUAUAUACCCAUGGGACCUGGAGGACAGUUCUUGCCGGUUGGAGAGCAAGAGUAUGUGGAUCAUUUCGAGAGCGAGCCUAUCCACGGCAACAGCAAACACGCAGCUUUAGCUGCUCUGUACACAUCUUUGUAA